UGGCGGUUGGAUGUUUGGUGGUUAAUACUUUGAGGUUAUGUUUAUGUUUGGUAUAGGAGGAGGAGAGCAGCAAACCAGGAUUAUACAAUAUUAUAUUUGUGUAUCGAAAUAAUAAGAAGAAAAAGAAAAAGAAAAGAGAAGAAUGGUGUGGGCAAAGGGGAAGGACGUAGGGAGGGUGGUGAAAGGGGUGUCUCUAAUCGCCAAGGAGUUUGUGAAACGAUCCCCGGCUUUCCAAAGCGCCAAGAAUGGGGAUUUGGAAGCCCUAAUCAAGAAUGCCAUCGUGUCGGCCACCGACCUUUCCGGCCUCACCAAAGGCACCCUCUCCCAAUUCACCAACGCCAUUAAUACGACUGCGACUACCAAUGGAAACGACAACAACAAAGCCCAAGAUUCCGUCGUAUACUUCGUACAUGAAGAAGCACCUUCUUCUCCUCCUUCUGCUCCUGCUCCUGCUCCUCCUCCUCCGCAGCAGCAGCAUGAACAAGAAGAACAUCAUCAACAUCAACAAGUGCAGCACGUUGAUCAACAACAAGUGGAGGUACUUGAUUCGGCCAAGAAUGAGAAUUUGGCCCAACAACAGCCACAACCACAACCUCAGCAGCCAUUGCAGAGGCGGAAGCCCAGAGAGAGACGAGUUCCUUCCACCCCCUUCUCUAGAGCACUCGGGUUUGCUGGUCUUGGAGCUGGGCUUGCGUGGGGAACCAUUCAAGAGUCUACCAAGAGACUCGUUUAUGGUACGCAAAACUCAUCAGACAAGCCUCUUCUUUCUCCUUUUUUGUCCCCCAAAAAUGCAGAACUUUUGGCUCUUGGACUCUGUAGAAUGCGUGGAGCUGCACUCAAAUUGGGACAGAUGUUGAGUAUACAGGACGAAUCCCUCGUCCCUGCUCCGAUCUUGGCUGCUCUGGAUAUUGUCCGUCAAGGUGCGGACGUCAUGCCCAGGAAACAGCUCAAUCAAGUUCUGGAUGCUGAAUUAGGACCUGACUGGUCAUCCAAGCUUAUUAGUUUUGAUUAUGAACCUUUGGCUUCUGCAAGUAUAGGCCAGGUACACCGAGCUGUCACAAAGGACGGUAGGGAUGUUGCAAUGAAAAUUCAGUACCCUGGUGUUGCAGAUAGCAUUGAAAGUGACAUUGACAACGUGAAACUUCUUCUAGAUUAUACAAAUCUAAUCCCAAAGGGACUUUAUCUUGAAAGAGCGAUGAAGGUGGCAAAAGAAGAAUUAUCCCGUGAAUGCGACUAUGUGUUGGAGGCAGAAAAUCAAAAACGGUUUCAUGAUUUGCUAUCCAAUGCACAAGGGUUUUAUGUUCCAUUUGUAGUGGAUGAUAUCUCAAGCAAAAGAGUCUUAACGACAGAGCUUGUUUCUGGAGUACCUAUUGACAAAGUGGCAUUAUUAAACCAGGAAACUCGCAACUAUGUUGGCACAAAGUUGCUAGAGCUCACUUUGAAGGAGUUGUUUGUUUUCCGUUUCAUGCAGACUGAUCCUAAUUGGAGUAAUUUCUUGUAUGACGAGGCUAAGAAAACAAUCAAUCUGAUUGACUUUGGAGCGGCUAGGGAUUACCCCAAGAGUUUUGUUGAUGACUAUCUAAGAAUGGUUCUUGCCUGUGCAAAUGAUGAUAGAGGUACAGUCAUUGAAAUGUCUAAGAGACUUGGAUUCCUCUCGGGAACGGAGUCAGAAAUAAUGUUAGAGGCUCAUGUCCAAGCCGGUUUUGUUGUGGGAUUGCCAUUUUCAAAGCCUGGUGGGUAUGACUUCCGCUCAUCCAAUAUCACUCAAAGCAUUUCAAACCUUGGGGCAACCAUGCUGAGGUACAGAGUCACUCCACCACCUGACGAGGCCUACAGCCUUCAUCGCAAGCUUUCAGGUGCCUUUUUGGCUUGCAUGAAGCUUGGGGCAGUUGUACCGUGUAGGGAACUCUUGCUCGAAGUAUAUGAGCAUUAUCAGUUUGGCGAAGAAGGUGGCGAGACGUUGUCAAGUGGGUUGGGUGUUUAAGGGGCUUAUAGAUUAUUGUGAUUUUUUAUAUUAUAUAAAAUAAAUUUUAACAUGUAAUAAUUCGGGGAAGACCAAGCAUCAUACAAAUGAUUUUGUAGCUCAAAAGCUCAAAGUUGGAGAUGGAUUUCUGGUGGGGCUGAGUUUGCCCUGGUUAGAUAGAAUUUAUUUGUAUGUAUAUUCAACCCAUAGAACAUUCUUUGACAUUGAUUCUUAUGGAGGAGAGGGAAAUAUAUUUACAUUGUAUAACUUCACUGGUAGCAUUUUGCAAAGGAGUUGUACGGCGGGAAUCGGAUGCAUUCGGCAAGCCAAUCUCUUCCUUUUCAAUAUUCGAUUGAUAGAUUUUUAUUUAUUUAUUUAC